GAUCAUUGCAGGGAAAGUUGCGCGCUAAUGGCAGUAUCUGGAAUUGGCAUCAACGCUCAUCGAUCCGUGCCGGCUGUCGGCUCAACACCAGGCUUGGCAAAGCGAUUGAACACCUCUGCCUGUUAACAUGCCUCUUCCUGCCCUGCAGGAACCAACUGCUGUUUUCCGAGGGCUCUAAUUGAAUUUCCCGACCCGAACGCUGGGACCUUAGCUGGUGGAGACAUCGUGCAUUUGACUGAUGUUAUAACGCAGGCAGCAGAGCGCUGGGGAUUCUCGACCCAUCCAUGUGUGCGGCGUAACAACGUUCAUCAAACAGCUCUGCGUCAGCUAAAGCAUCCCGUUCUCUGACUCCACGAAGAACCCAUUGUCCUCGUUCCUAGACUGUUGUACGUGCGACCAUGGACACCAGGAGUACAGCACAUGUCUGCCUGGCGGCCUCACUUCUGACGGUAGCCUGCCUGCUGGUAGCCGGGACUGCCGUGCCCGCCUCCCACCCGGACUGCCCGGAGUCCUGUAACUGUACCGUGGACAAGGCCCUGUGCGUGAACACGCUGACUGUCCCGCGCAAAAUCCCCACAGAGGUUACGUCUCUAACAUUUAUUGAAGCCGAAUUCCACAAACUCGCCACAUCAUCAUUCUCCCAUCUCCGGACUGUCUACCUGCUUUUCUUCAAAUCCUGCACAUUUCAAAAGAUUGAAGAUGGGGCUUUUGACGGAAUGACGAGUCUUCGGUACCUGUUUAUCGAACUGAGCGAGAUAAAGUAUCUGUCAGAGCGGGCUUUCACCGGUUUGCCAUCGCUAAUGUACCUGUCGCUGGCGUACAAUGAUCUCUCUGGUCUUCCUGUUGGCCUGCUGAACGGUCUUGGUUCACUAAUCUAUCUGGAUGUGUCCCAUAACCCGCUGGUGUGUGACUGCCGACUGAAGUGGCUGGUAGACAAGCUCCUGUCAGAGGAGUACUUCUCCCCACCGUUCAAGUGCGCCGGUCCAGCGGAGCUCCAGGACAGACUGUCCUCCAAACUCACUCAGGACGACUUCGACUGCAUCAAACCAGAGUUUCACGCCUUCCAGUCGAUGGACGCAGUGUCCAUGCGGGUUGAUAUCUACAAGAAGAAGACUACAAACGAGCGGAAUAUUGUGGUGGCCGAACCAGAAGCUGGCGUCUGCAGCAUCCUCACCUGGGAUCACGUGGAGUUCACUUUUAAAGUAUAUAAUAACAUCACAGCCCCGUCAGUGGUGGCGUGCACGCCCGUGCAAAUGGAGACAGACCUGUUCAUACUGGCUGCACAACUUUACGGGGGGACCAGGGUGUUUCAGUUCGACAGCACCAGAGACAACUUCGUGUUGUUCCAGACCAUCGACACGGUGAAGCCGAGUGACGUGGAGACGUUCAGCAUUGACGGGACGUAUUACGUGGCGAUAGCGGACGGUGCCAAGGGAGGAACCAGCGCCGUGUACUCCUGGGACGGAAACCAGUUCACUCUGGUGCAGGAGCUUGCCAACUUGUACCGUGAGGCUGACUUCGAGUUCUUCCAAGUCGAUACCCAGCCUUACCUGAUCAUGCUGAGCAGCGGGCGGCACCCCGCCCUCUACAAGUGGUCCCGCGGAGACAGGCAGUUCAUAUUCGAGGCCGACAUUCCUUUUGAGGAGCCAGUAGCAGCGCACAGCUUCGUUCUUGACGAUGAUGUUUACCUCUGCCUUACACAAUUCAUCGGAGAAUCCAAGCUGCUUCGUUGGAACACCUCCACAUCCGGGUUCCAGGAGUACCAGGUGUUCAAGUCUCGGGGGGCCAUGGUGCUUCAGCCGCUUCAGGUGAAGGAGGAGUAUUACCUGGUACUGGGCAGUGACUACGUCCUGACUGAAGUCUACAGGUGGAGCCCGGAAGACACGAAGUUCAUCAAAAGCCAGGAUAUUGAACUGAAGACCCCUCGAGACUUCAAAGUGGUGACCGUGACCCCGGAGAAAGAGGACAGUUUCCUGUUCGUGGCCAGCUUCAGUGAGCAGACCGAGAUCUUCAGGCACGUUCUGGUGGACCUGAGCCAGUAGUACAGACGUCCUUAUAAGUACUAACCGUGCACACCCAUGUAACAUAUUUAGUAACAUAACGUCUGUAGCGUAACGGUAAAGUUUGUUCUCAGCUCCUGUGGAAUGGGCCCUGAUUCCUGAAGGAUUAUCCUCAAAAGCUAUUUUCUAGCUCCCUGGGGACAAAUGUUGAUGACCCAUCCACGGCUGAUAUGCAGCAUGCUGUGACGUCACUGUGCGAUGGGUUAUGGGUAUAUGUACUAUUAAUAUUGAUAACCUGGACAAUUUUACAACCGAUGAUGCAGGAAACCAUACUCUGUGUCGUGAGUUCAGGAUGUGACGCAAAAUGUGAAUAAGAAGUCGUCGUAUGAAAGUAACAGCAACAUUAAUACUAGUUUCCAUACAUAAUCAUUGCAAAGCGCCACAUCAUAGUCUAUAACUAAAGCGUUCGGGGAAGACACUAUAGGGGUGACUUGUGUAACUGUAAGACAGUAGAUCCUUGUAGUGGACAGUCAUCUUUAUAGACUAAUUGUGUUUGAACCUUUAUUUAUUCAUGAAAGCUCAAAUCGGACAGUAUGUUGAUUUGCAGCCAGGCUUUAUCGGAAGGAAAUGUCGCAUUGCAUUAACGCGUCAAUAAUAUUAGAGUAUUAGUAUAUACAUAUAUAACGUUAGAUUUAUGUUUAACACAUUUGUAUGGUGAAUAUUGCACUGGUUGUAUCCUUGUGAAUCCUAAUAGGUUGUUAUGAUACGUCAUUUACUACUUGAAUGUUACAAGUAGUAAGUUGUAGAAAUACAUAAUUCGAUUAAAUCAAUUAUUAUUGUUCGUUCUCCGUGCACAUGUCUGUAUUUAUUUAUUUAUUUAUUGGAAUAACCUCUGAAUAGGGAGAGAAAGAAUGAACUUUUUGUCAUGAAGUUUAAGCGACACAUAAUAAAGAGUUGUCAUCCGUAAGAUUCUGUUGCGCCGAAAUGCUACAGAAAAUCGGUUCCACUCCCGUCCAUGUGAUUUUUUUUCAUUCGUUUUUUUUUUCACUUUAAACAUCCACAAAGCUCGACAUCGAUACAUCCAACACUUUCGUCUUGCGAAACGGAGGUAGAUAUUUCUUUUAAUUCUUUAUAAU